GCACGCCAUCUUGACUCUUGAGGAAAUUCUGGAUUAAAUUUUCCUCACAAAGUGUCAAAAUACUGGAGUAUUCCGUAUUAACAAAUUAUAAACAUGCCACUUCCACAUCAAGCAGAUCCAUGGCAACGCAUGGAUGUUACCGAAUCUGGACAGGAUGGUCAAUCUGGGGGCGGAGGUGGAAGCACAGAAGAAAUGAUUGUAGAUGGGGAGUCACAUGGAGGAUCAGUUUCAUCAUCGCAGAAUGACAAUGACAUCCAGGAAUCAGAGGUCAACAUCACCAGCAUCACCCGAGAGGGUUGCGCCAAAGCAGACCCCAGUCACUUUGAGUUGCUCAAAGUGCUCGGCCAGGGCUCAUUUGGCAAGGUUUUCUUGGUGAGAAAAAUUACUGGUUCAGAUGCUGGGACCUUGUAUGCAAUGAAAGUACUAAAAAAGGCCACAUUAAAAGUACGGGACCGCCAACGCACAAAGAUGGAGAGAGAUAUCCUCGCCGAUGUUGACCAUCCUUUCAUCGUUAAAUUACACUAUGCCUUCCAGACUGAGGGAAAAUUAUACCUCAUAUUAGAAUUUCUACGAGGCGGGGACCUAUUCACAAGAUUAUCAAAAGAGGUGAUGUUCACAGAGGAAGACGUCAAGUUCUACUUAGCUGAAUUAGCCUUGGCCCUCGACCAUCUUCACAAAGUUGGAAUCAUAUACAGAGAUCUCAAACCUGAAAAUAUACUCCUCGACGCGGAUGGCCAUGUGAAACUGACCGAUUUCGGCCUGAGCAAAGAAUCAAUAUUCGAAGAGAAGAAAACCUAUUCGUUCUGCGGAACAGUGGAAUACAUGGCGCCAGAGGUGGUUAAUCGUAAAGGACAUGGUACGGCAGCUGACUGGUGGUCGUACGGUGUCUUAAUGUUUGAGAUGUUGACUGGCUCAUUGCCAUUCCAAGGCAGCAACAGAAAGGAGACAAUGACCCAGAUCCUCAAGGCCAAACUCGGGAUGCCUCAGUUCCUGAGUCCAGAGGCACAGUCGUUGUUAAGAGCACUAUUUAAAAGAAAUCCAGCAAAUCGACUAGGACAAGGCGGUGUCGAGGACAUCAAACCACACGCGUUCUUCUCGACGAUCGACUGGGACAAACUGAUGAAGAGAGUCAUGAACCCGCCGUUCAAGCCUGCUGUCAGCCGAGUAGACGAUGCGUUCUACUUCGAUACAGAAUUCACAUCAAAAACACCAAAAGAUUCUCCAGGCAUUCCGCCCAGUGCGACUGCACAUGAACUCUUCCGAGGUUUCAGUUACAUCGCACCGAUGUUGCUGGAAGAUGGUUCACAGUCUGUGCCGACUUCGCAUACUGACAACGGAUGUGGACUGAAAAAUCUCCCUGGUGUGAAAACGAAAAAUUUCUUGGAAGACUAUGAAGUACAUGAGGAGAUAGGAGUGGGUUCUUAUUCAAUAUGCAAAAAGUGUGUGCACCGACUGACUGGGCAGGAGUUUGCGGUAAAGAUCAUGUCACGCGACAAGCGAGACCCUCGGGAAGAGGUGGAGAUCCUCCUCCGAUACGGACAACAUCCCACAAUCAUCACACUCAGAGAUGUCUAUGACAAUGGUGAUAAAGUUUACCUGGUGACGGAAUGGAUGCGAGGUGGAGAACUGCUGGACAAAAUCCUCCGACAGAAAUUUUUCUCCGAGCGAGAAGCGAGUGCCGUGUUGCAGACGAUUGCAAAGUGUGUCACCUACCUCCAUACUAAUGGGGUGGUACAUCGCGACCUAAAACCCUCCAACAUCCUCUAUGCAGACAAAAGCUAUUCACCGGAGAGCCUGAGAAUAUGUGACUUUGGCUUCGCCAAGCAGCUUCGGGCGGAAAAUGGUCUGCUCAUGACGCCGUGCUACACAGCAAAUUUUGUGGCCCCAGAGGUGUUGAAGAAACAAGGUUACGAUGCAGCGUGUGAUGUUUGGAGUUUAGGGGUGUUGCUCUACACUAUGCUGGCAGGGACUACACCGUUUGCCAACGGCCCCGACGACACACCAAAGGACAUCCUGGCCAGAAUCGGCGGAGGCUCGUUUACCCUGAUCGGGGGCAACUGGGACUCGGUCUCUCCUUUGGCAAAGGACCUCGUGAAGAAAAUGCUGCACAUUGACCCAGCCUCAAGACUCAGUGUGAGUCAGGUGUUGGCCCACCCGUGGAUCGUGAAUAGGGAACAAUUACCACAGCUGAGACUCACUCUCCAGGAUGCCAACUUACAAUUAGUGAAGGGUGCCAUGAUGGCUACAUUCAAAGCUUUAAACUCAAGUCCAAAACCUGUCCUGGAGCCGGUUGGAGCAUCAUUUUUAGCCCAGAGGCGUGGAAAGAACCGACCCAAGAGUUCAACAGAAGUCUAGAUUUUCUUAUUUCGGUGAAAUACUUCGGCUCAUUUGUGGAUUUGAUCAGGAUCAGGUGAUCCCAGCGAUUUUGUUAGGGUACGACAACGACAGACUGCACGAACUGUGGCCAUUCUAGGAACUGUGAUGUGAUAAAUAAAAGGACUUCGUGAAGAAAAGUCUUUGUGUUGGGUUGAUUUUUUCUUGUCAAGUUGGCUGAAUGUUAUUUUCAGUUGGUCGAGAGACCUGUACAAUCAUACUGUAUGGUGAACUUUACAUUUUGUUUAGAGCACUGUGCAUAGCAUAGAGAACUACAUGUAUUCAUUCUGUAGAAAGAGCUGCUGUAAACCUUAGAACAUGGGCUAGCGCUUAAUUUUUGGGCAUGCACUGUCAAACGUGAACUUAAAAAGCACGAAACUUCAUCUGUAGUGCAUACGACAUAAAAUUUCAGCAGCAAUCGCAAUAUUUAGUCUUCCACAUUUGAAAAUG